AAACUACGCAGUCGGCGAACGCAACGUCACGGUUUGCCUCUUUUCGCGUCCCUGUUCAACCCCGAAGAGUGAAAUCUCUUGCCGUGGAAGUGUGUUUAAGUGUGUGAGAGAUAAUCGCUAUUGUAUAACUUAUUCGUGGAGGAGACACUGAAAUAAAAAUGGCUUCCGCUUCACCUGACGGCGCUGAGCAAGAUUCCCCAUCACCAAGCAACCAACACGGUGUACUGCUCACAGGAGAGGCCGAGGAGGAGACGCAGGGCCUGCAAGCCCCAAAAGAGGAGCCAGUUGACAGCGAGGUGAUAAAAAUGGAAGAAGUGGACGGCGAACAAGUCUACGGGGAAGGGGACAUGAAGGCCCCAGUGGUACCCGACGUAGUCGAAGCGGGAUCGGCCGGAGAAGAAGAGGAGGAAGAGGAAGAUAUGGGCUGCGAGGUUGCCGGAGCAUUGGAGAGCCCGGAACAGCGAAGCCCAGCCAGCUUCAGCGAAACCGGCGACGGCGCAGAGAAGGAGAUGAAGCAGGAACAAAGGGAGGAGAACGAGUCUUCGUCCGGCGACUGCAUAAAGCCAGGCAAAAGCGAGGACGGGACGGAGAAAAACGACACCAGCAAAAGGCGAGCCAGUAUAGAGAUGUCAUCAUCGGAUGGGGAACCCCUCAGCCGCAUGGAUUCCGAAGACAGUAUCAGCAGCACUCUGAACGACAUGUACAGCACGGCGUCCAGCGGCCGCUCCACGCCCGCCAUGAUGAACGGCCAGGGCAGCGCCACGCCCUCCUCCACCAAAAGCAUGGGGUACACCUGCUGCUGGGACCAGUGCCACGUCUGCUUCAGCUCCAGCCCCGACCUGGCCGAGCACAUCCGGGGCCUGCACGUGGACGGCCAGCGCGGCGGGGUGUUCGUGUGCUUGUGGAAAGGCUGUAAGGUGUACAACACGCCCUCCACCAGCCAGAGCUGGCUCCAGAGACACAUGCUGACGCACAGCGGAGACAAACCCUUCAAGUGCGUUGUGGGAGGCUGCAACGCCAGCUUCGCGUCCCAGGGGGGGCUGGCGCGCCAUGUGCCCACCCACUUCAGCCAGCAGAACUCGUCCAAGAUGUCCAACCAGCUCCGGGCCAAAGAGGAGUCUCCCUCCAAGGCCGGUCUCAACAAGAGGCGGAAACUCAAGAAUAAGCACAAGAGGUCCUUACCGCGGCCACACGACUUCUUCGAUGCCCAGACGAUGGAUGCCAUCCGCCACCGGGCCAUCUGCCUCAACCUGGCCACGCACAUGGAGAGCCUGGGCCAUGGCCACAGUGUGGUCUUCCACAGCACGGUCAUCGCGAGGAGAAAGGAGGAUUCUGGGAAGGUCAAGGUCCUCCUGCACUGGACACCUGAAGACAUACUGCCGGACGUGUGGGUGAACGAGACAGACCGGCCGCAGCUGAAGACCAAAGUGGUGCACCUGUCCCAGCUCCCGCAGGACACCGCCAUGUUGUUAGACCCCAAUAUAUACCGAACACUGCCACAGAAACGGCUGAAACGGAGGAUGUUUUUCUAGACUCAGAAGAAGCGUCCGUGUCACCUCCUGCUGCCUUACUGACCCCCCCAAAGUCACACAGAGAGGAGCGUCAACUAGCUGGAACUGUGCAGACCAUGGAAAAGAGUUCUCUCUCCUUUUCAUUUUCCUUUUUCUCAACCCUCAAGUGCACCAAAGUUUUGGCUUUUUUUUAACGGUUUUUUUUAAGUAAAGAAAAAAGAAGAGUCAUCAUAAAUGUAUUAAUCAAAGUGCUAAAUAUCAAGAAAGACAUUUUCAGAUUGUUUUAUUAUUUUUUCAUUAUUGGAAAGGUGAUUGUUAACUCUUUACACAACUGUGUAACAUCUACAGAGGCAUUUAUGGAGAUAUAGUGAUUGUAAAUAUUUCUGCAGAUUUGUAAUAUAUUUUUAUACUACUGAACAGUACUGUAGAUUGUUUGCUUGGUUUAUACAGUUUUGUUGUAUAUAAUGUAAAAGGGAAUGUUGUGAAGGAUAAUGUUGAGACCUAGUAUAACUUGCUCAGCCUCAGUUCCAGUGAAAGUGAAUGGGCUUGUGAAAUAAACUCCACCUCUUUCUUCA